AAAUUUAUUUAAAAUAAUUGAUAAUAUAAAUAUGAAUAUACAUAUACAUUAAUCAUAUCAUUGAUUCAUUGUUAAGUACUAAAAGUACAGUACUGUUUUAUUUUUUAUUGCGAUAUAUAUAUAUAUAUAUGUAUAUACACAUUAAGUAGAGUUCAAUCAUCAAAUAAGAAAGCACCAAAAACUAAACAAUAUAAAAAGUUGAAAUUAUAACAUCUAUAAAAAUGAGUUCCAAAUUUCUAUUUAUAGAAUCUAUGGAGAUUCUUAGUACUAUACCACAAUAUUACACUUUGUUGAAAAUAUUUACAGUACUUUUAUUCUUAUGGUUCAUUAUCAAAAAACUAUAUCCUAGAGAAAAUAUAACAGAAGAUGUAUUAAACAAAAAGUUAGCAGAAUGGAGACCAGAACCAUUAGUACCUGAAGUAGAUCCUAAUCAUCCAUCUUUACAUCCUUUAAUAGUUACCUCCAGAGUUGGUAAAAAUGUAGUAAUUAAUGGCAAAAAAUGCCUUAAUGUGGGAAGUCAAAAUUAUUUAGGCCUAACGGAAAGUAGGGAAUUAGAUUUAACGGCAAUGUGGGCUGUAAAAAAAUAUGGAGUUGGAUCCUGUGGUCCACGUGGUUUUUAUGGUACCAUUGAUACUCAUCUUGAUUUGGAAGAAAGAUUAGCUAAAUUUACAGGAACCGAAGAAGCUAUAGUAUUUUCUUACGCAUUCAGUACUGUUUCCACUGCCAUACCUGCAUAUUGUAAAAAGAAUGAUCUAGUAUACGUAGAUAGUAAAAUAAAUUAUGCCAUACAAAAAGGAUUAGAUGCUUCUAGAUCAACGAUUAUAUAUUUCAAUCAUAAUGAUGUUCAACAUCUAGAAGAAUUGUUAUUAGAACAAGAUAAAAAGGAUAAACAAAAUCCUAAAAAAGCUGCUAAAAUCAAACGCUUCUUAAUUAUAGAAGGAAUUUAUGCAUAUACAGGACAAAUUUGUCCUUUACCUGAAUUAGUUGCAUUACGUAAGAAAUACAAAUUAAGAUUAUUCAUUGAUGAAUCUAUAUCAAUUGGAACUCUUGGUGCUAAUGGAAAAGGAGUCACUGAACAUUUUGAUGUUCCUAAAGACGAAAUCGAUAUGAUUAUGGGAUCCUUUGAAACAGCUAUGGGAUCUGUUGGUGGAUUUUGCGCUGGUACAUCUUUUAUUAUAGAACAUCAACGUUUAGGUGCUCUUGGAUAUUGUUUUUCAGCAUCAUUAGCACCACUUUUAACAAAGGCAACUAUUACUGCUAUAACUAUUAUGGAAAAAUCUCCAAGAAAUUUUGAACGGUUGAAAGAAAACUGUAUAGUUGUUGAUAACGCUCUUAAAGAAGUGCCGUAUAUUAAAACCACAAGCUCCGUGGAGUCUCCUUUAAAACAUUUAUAUUUGAAAGAAGAGAAAAGUUACUUGGAGGAAGUCAAAAUUCUUAAUUCUAUUUCUAAAAAGUGCAUUGAAAAUAAAUUAGCUAUUGUAAGGCCAAUUUAUCUGGAAAAUGAAUACAAACAACCAAGACCUAGUUUACGUCUGUGUGUUUCCGUAUUAUUAGAUGACAGUGAUAUCGAUUUCGCAAUCUCUACAUUAAAGAAAUGUGUUAACGAAGUUUUUAAAUAAUAAGAUUUAACACAUAUACAGAAAGAGAAAAAUAGAUAUUUUAAAAACAUAUG